UGCCGACAAGACUUCCCUCACACCCGCUCCCUCGUCGGCUGAUUCACGGGCUUCCAUUCCCCUCACUUGCUCGCUCCCCUCACGCGCGCUCUCACUCACUGGAUUCUUGCGUCGUCUCCCCUAUCUCCCCUCUCUCUUCCCUGCUUCUGUAUUCCCCUCGCAUCCCUUCAUCUGGUGCUCCUUCUUCUUCCGUUUCUUCCCCUCACUUCCUCCAUUUUCCAGCUUUUAUUCAUGUGUUUGUCGUGUGUUCCUCCUUCUUCCCUCCUGUCCAGUCACAUUCCCCUAGUCUCCUCUCGCCUUCGUGGUUCUCGCCCCUCAUUUCUUCCCUCUCUUGGUUUUCUCAUCCGCUCCUUCACGCCCUCAGCUGUGUAAAUCCCUUCUUCCUGUUCCUCACGCUGAAUGUUACUCUGAAUACCUUUUAUCUCCUCUUAUCCUUCUGUUCUUCCUCUCCUUGUUUACUUAGUCUCCAUUCUUCCUCCUCUCUUACUCCCUCGCAUAUCUUAGUCUCCGUUUUCCUGCUGCGAAAGGCGGGGGAAGGUACGGGUGUGUGCGGGCGUGUGGCUCCCAUCAACACGUGCAUGACGGGCACGUGAAGUACCUGGCCAUGCAUGACAACCGCCUGGCGUGCGUUGGCGUGCGGUGGUGUGUGGCGGCGGUGGAGAGGGCGGCGCGGCAGGGGUGUGCAUGUGGGCCGUGUGGCGUGUGUCCCCGCGGGCCGCUCCCCCUCCUUGGCCUCACUUUCAUCACGGAAAUGGCCCUGUGACCGCCUCCCAACGGGUCGAAUAACCUGUUGCCGUCACACUGCUCAGGAUGUAUUGCUUUAGUCUAAUGAUUGCCCGCCGCGGGAAGCCUGCCGACCCCCUGACCGGAGGUUGAGGGCUGCCUGUCUGCCAACCUGGUGUUGUUGCCACACACACUCACACAGACACACACCCACGCACCCACACACUCCACCAUGCUGGCCUGCCUCGCACAUCGGCAGUUCUCACGGCCCUGAGGAGCGGCGUAACGUGAACUUAAGGAGUGUGUCCCAGGUCGCGAUGGUCGCCGCACGUGGCCAGGGGUGAGGCGUGCCUGGCGCCACCCGCGUAAGCCCCACGCCCGGGCCUCCUCCGCCAUGGAGGAGGAGGUGGGGGUGGUGGCGCGCGAUGAGGCCGUGGGGAACUGGAGCGACUGUGAAACGAACUCGUCUUCGCUGAACGUGAGCCUCGAGUGUGUGGCGGGGCGCGGCGUCCAGCAGUGGCCGGGGCGGGACGAGACGCUGGCCAAGGUGGAGGUGGCGGUGCUGUCGGUGCUGCUGGUGGUGAUCCUGGUGUCCAACCUGCUGGUGCUGGUGGCGCUCAUCCGCUCCUCGCUGCUGCGGCCCAUGUCCCGCACCUACUUUUUCAUGACGCACAUCUGCACCGCGGACCUCAUGGUGGGCCUCUGUAACGUGCUCUCGCAGCUCGCCUGGGACCUCACUUAUUACUUUCGCGGCCCCAACUGGCUGUGCAAGACCGUCAAAUUCCUACAGGUGAUGCCGCUCUACCUGUCACCGCUGCUGCUGGCCUGCCUCGCCUUCGACAGGUACCGGGCCAUCUCGUGGCGCCUGGGCAGCAGGCUGUGGUCGUCGCUGACCAUGGUGACUAUCGUGUGGACGCUGUCGGCCGUGCUGGCGCUGCCCCAGGCCUUCCUCUUCUCCAUCAAGCGCAUGCACAAUGGGGAGUACAACUGCUGGGCGGACUUCACCGAGGACUGGGGCAUCAAGGCCUACGUAGUGUACUUCGUGUGCGCCGCCUUCUUCGGGCCCAUGCUGGUCACGGUUUACUGCUACACCUGCAUCACGCUCAAGGUAUGGCGCUACUCGCGCUACCGCCGCGGCUACGUGCCGCUACGGACCAUGCUGCUGCAGCGGGCGUGCUGCCUGGGCGUGGAUGAGGUGGGGGCGUCGUCGUCGCGACGCGGCACGCCCACUGGCUUCUCGGUGACCUCGGGCUCGUCCAGCACGGUGAGACUGGGCCGCAUGCCCCUCAUGGUGCACGGCUUCCCCAACGUGCCGCAGCCGCUCAGCCUCGCCAAGAUGAAGACCAUCAAGCUCACGCUCAUCAUCUCCUUCUUCUUCCUCGUCUGCCACGCUCCGUUCUGUGUCACGCAGCUCUACAGGGCCUUUUCCACCGCCCCUCCAGAGGAGACGAGUCACCCUGUCGCCGUCAUCACCCUGCUGCUGCCCUCCCUGCCCUCUUGCGUCAACCCCUGGAUUUACCUCUGCUUCUCCGAAAACCUACUCAACCAGAUCUGUGGAUGCUUGACGGGGAGGUUCCGCUCACGCCACGUCAAGGAGAACAACAGCAUAGGGGACCAGGAGCCUGAGGACCACCACCAGCACUACCGCAACCGCCGGAGACGCCUGGAGCAGCGCAACAGACUGAGGUGUUCGCCGAGCUACAACAGACGAGGGUUCUACGCCUGCCGAUACCCGACCACCCUCUCCGACCACCUGCCGCGGAGCAAACCCAAGGAGCAGAUUGAGCUGGCGAUGUUUGGGACGAGUUUGUGAAGGCGGUGUUGGUGAAUAGGUGGUGAUGAUGAUGGUGAUUGUAUUCUUGAUGUACCUGGAUGGGAUGUUGUGUGUGUGUGGGGGGGGGGGGGGUAAAUCACUCAAGGUCUGAUCAUGUGCCGGUCUCGUGAUCAACAGCCAGUAACCUACCCUCUUUAUGUGUGUGUGUGUGUGUGUGUGUGUGUGUUAUUUCAUUCUUGAGACGCCAUACAUAAAAAAAGGUCAAUAUCGAUGCAGUGUUCAUUAUUUAUUUACUUGUUUGCAUCAUUUAAAGAGCUUCGUAAUCACCCUUGAGAUGGUUUGUUCGUAGAGGAGGAAAUUUCGCUGUAUUUGGCGUUUCUGUUUACUGCGUUAGUCUUUCGUUUUAUAUAUUUUAUUUUUACAGUAAAGAAAAAAGCUCAAGGGCAAAAAAAAAAAAAAAAUGAGCCCGCUAAUCAGUGCCCCAUUUACUUACGUUAUAUUUAUAUCGUUGUUCUUCGUUAUUCGUUACUGCUUACGUACUGCACGCUUAUUCGGACCUAAUAUUUCAACGUUAUAAUGUAUUUGCGUUAUUCCUACUUCUUUCGUCUAUCGUUGUAUCUACUUACGUUGUAUUUACUUCGUUAUUUUUAUUUCGUUAUUCGUUAUUGCCUUCACAUCUCCAGAAAGUUAAUGCAGUUUGAUUCCACGAAAUUCAAUGCAUAAGCUAAGUUUCCUUCUUCUUUUUCUUCCCUUUUCCUUCGGCAAUUCAGUUUCACGGAAUUUCAAAGAGGGUUCGAACCGGUGGCUUUGAAGCAGGAGGAUUGAAUUGCCUUUUUCCACAUCAAAGCCUUAACACGAGUCAUCGAUCCAGGAGAGCGUGCACUAAGUGAUUCUGCUUUCCUCAUGGCGUGUAUAAAGUUUUCUCUUCGUAUGAUUGGCUCCGGGAGAGGCUGCUGCAAUGUGUGACUGUGCUUGUCCAUCUAGUUAUUUGUUUGAUCGCGGUUCCUUCUUUCUUUCCUCCACUAAAGUUUUGAGUUUUCUUAUUUGAGCUCCCUCCUCACCUACCUUUCUUGCCUGAUUUUUUUCAAAUGCAUUUGAAAAAAAUAUUGUUAGUAAAGACUGAUGUAACUAACAAUUUUUUUUCCCAGGUGCUGCCCAUAGCGCCGGUAGACUUUGUUGAGGGGUCUCUUGGACGUCCCCAGCCCGUUAGUGGUGUAGGUGAGUUUUAUUUUAGUGCGCUGCCGUGAUAUCUGACUCAAUCUCUUUACGAUGGAGAAAAGACACUUUUGAAAUUUAAUUUGGAUUUUCAAGUGCCUGAAAAAGUUAAGUAACAUCGAUCACUUCAAGUUCUUUGAACUGGAAACCAACUCAAAAACAAAAAAUAUAUAUUUACCCAUUCAAGCGAGGCGAUGCAGUACAGACAUUGGGAGGAGUUUCUUCUCAAACUGAGUUAUCCGCCAUUGAAACUAUUUUCCAGAACUAGUAAACGCGAAUACCAUUAACUCCUUUAAAAAUAAAAUCGAUCGUUAUUUCGUUGCGUCAGGAGGGAACUGAAUACCGCUUUCAUCUGCUCUACAAAUACGAAGUGGCUGUCUAGCAGGUUAAAUCACCAGAGCGGGCAACCCCGUAAUAAGCCAGUUGGAUUUCUGUUGCCUCCUUUUCCAUGAUUCCGUGUUUUUUCAUUCUCUCCACUUUUGUUUUGAGUUUCCUAAUUUACUCCACUUACCUCUGUCUUCCACCCUCGCCCAUCACGCCGUCUACUACCCUCACUAUCAUCGUCCUCAGGUCAUCGGGUUCCAUUCCCUAGUCUGACGUCUUGAGCGCCUGCGUCUGUGAACUUGGAUUGCGAGAAAUUAGUAGAGAAAAUAAGGAAAAAUAAUGAAUUGCGCAAUCUUGACCAAUCUUAGGCUCUUUACGACGUUUUUCGGCUUCUGACUGAUUAAAAGUUUUCGUUUAUUUUUUUAAUGGUCUGAAGAAGCGUAAUUUGGACGUGUGUGUGUGUGUGUGUGUGUGUGUGUGUGUGUGUGUGUGUGUGUGUGUGUGUGUGUGUGUGUGUGUGUGUGUGUGUGUGUGUGAAAGAGGGAAUGAAAAAGAGGGAAGAAAGGAAGCAGAAGAACGAAAGAAGGAAAGAAAGGUGUGUGUGUGUGUGUGUGUGUGUGUGUGUGUGUGUGUGUGUGUGUGUGUGUGUGUGUGUGUGUGUGUGUGUGUGUUAUAAUAUUUGUA